CCUAAUCUGACUAUCCUAAUUCCUAAUCCCUAAUUCCUCCGUCCGGUGUCCGCCAGAGUCGCCGUCAUCCAGCCGUCAACAUCGCUUCACCGUUCAACACUCCGGCAGCAAGGUAUACUAGAUCAAUAAUCAAUAUAAUGCCUCAUAAACUCACAAGGCAUCGUCGAUUGUUAAGAUAUAAACCUUUCGGUUUCUCUCCAUUUGCUCGAUCUAUAGCCCAACAUGCCUCAGAUAACAAGGUCAAGCGCAAGAUUUACAAUGGACUACGGGGAAAAAAUUUUCCCAGCUCAUCAGGUAAUGGGGUUCUAAAUCACACCCAAGGAGGCAAGAAUAAGCAUUCUGAUUCUUCUGAUGAAGAGUUUGAAGGCACUGUCCAAGCUGACUUUGAGUUCUUUGAUCCCAAGCCUGAUGACUUCCAUGGAGUGAAGGUUCUCCUGCAGACCUACCUUAAUAAUAAACAGUGGGAUUUGAGUGGUUUUGUGGACUUAAUCUUGGGACAACCCACAGUAGGGACUGUUGUUAAGAUAGCGAAUGAUGAAGAUGAAGGAAUUUACUCUGUUAUCAGUGCUCUUAACUUGGGAAGAUAUAAGAACAGUAAGUGUAUAAUGGAGCUCAAGAAAUUCCUGCUUACUGCAUGCCAAGAUAAGAAUGUACAAGCUAACUUGAGCUCGCUGCUUGAAGAGCAAUCCAAUGACGUUGGACUGUUAGUCUCCCAACGCGUAGUAAAUCUUCCUCCACAGCUUUUGCCUCCCCUUUAUGACGGCCUCUUUGAUGAAAUCUCAUGGGCUACAGAAGACGAGCCCACAGAAGAGCUUCGAAAAUCUUUUUGCUUCAAGUUUUAUCUAGUGGUCAGUAAAAUUUACAAGCAUAUAAAUGCAGACAAAAAAACUUUACCAAGGAAAAGUGGUGAUGAAGCUAUAAUAUAUGUUAAGCCUGAGGAAGAAAUACUUCAUGAGCUAAGCUCUUGGUCCUUCACUUUCCCUAUGCACUCUCAGCCAGUCAGAACUGAUGAGCUCAAAGAUUACCGGAUGACUGGUUUGGUCAUGGCAGUGGAAGCAAGCAAAAUAUCAAAAUUCCGAAAACAGUUAAACUCUUUAAUAGAUAAUUCAUGAUUCCAUCUGCAGUUCCACCAGCUAUCAUCAUAUAGUGCUCGUUAUUUCAAUUAAAGCGGGAACAAUUGCCAUCUAACCUUCUUUCAGUCAGACACUUGAACCCAGUAAGCUCACUGCUCGAUUGCCAUCAUCAUAUGUUUUGCUUGCUUAUAGAUGCUGAAGGGUUGAACCAAUUUUGAUCUGUUAGUAACUCCAUGGAACAAUGACUAUCUUGUACUUGGUGGUACAUCACUGCAUUUGAUUCGGUAAAAUUGCAAUUUGCAACAUGGUUAAUUUUUGAACCAAUGUUAUCUGUUUAUAGGUGCAUGUAGUUUUUCAUGAACUAAAUAUGAAAAUUUGCUGCUUUUAUUUAGUGCUAAUUAGUGACUUGCAAUAUGAUUGGAGUAUCGUAGCAAUGGUUACCUUUGCAAAUAUCUUAGACUGUGUUUGCUUUAAUUCUCUCAUUUUAGUAAAUGCACACUUAUCUUUAUUCAUUUACCCAAUACAAAUAUUCGUUUUAAAUCAUAUGAUAAUGACAGUAGUGAUGCUGUUUAUUUCACUAAGAAAUGAUGGAAAUUGGGAAAAAAAAAAGACUUGUGGUGAAGUUGUCAGGAUUUUGCGUAAUGUGUUCCGUGAUGAUAUGUAUAUUGUUUUGUGCCAUUAAUGGAGAACUUUAGCCAGCUGAUAUACAGUAGCCCAUUUAGCAUAUAUAAAUUCAAGAUUAAAUAUUGCCUCAUGGAACUAAAAGUGUAAUUUUCACAAUUUAUGAAAGGUUAUGGUUCACCUCUA